CCAUCCCCCCCUCUCUUUAUAUAGUUUGAUUCUCAACCCACACACACACGCAUUAAACAAUAUAAUCCCGUCCCAUAAAAAGUGUAUUGCAUACAUCUGCCGCACAAUUUCUACUUGUAGCUAUUUAUCAUCAGAUUCAGAGUUUGAAUUGAGGUAGAAGAUAUUUAUUUAGAACAAAAUGUCCCAGAAGUUGUUCCACCGGAGAGACGACUCAGGCGAGCUUGGUGUGUUUGAGGCUGCAAACUAUUUCAACGAUUAUGAAGUCUCUUUCUCUGAUAAUAACCAAAUUAUUGUCAACGAUGGGGGGUGCCACAGCCAAGCUGCCUCCAGCAAUGGGGAAAGAAUGAGCACUGACACUCUUUUUCCUGCGGGCUCCCAACAUUCAUCAACUGAAUCUGAAAUAGAAAAGCCAAUAGCCUUGAAAGAGAAGUGCAAGCAGCCAAGCUCUCCAGGAGGGAAGCUAGCCUGCUUCUUGAAUUCACUUUUCAGCCAAACAAACAGUUCCAAGAAGAAGAACGAUAAAUCGAAAACCCGCAUGAACAAGGACGAAGAAGAUAAUGCUCACAUCCGGGCAGGAUCGUUGAGGAAGAAGAGAAGGAGCAGCAGCAGCAGCUCAAGUGAAGAAGAUGAAGUCUAUUCAGCAAAUACUACUUUCAAAAUCAAUGCUCCAUUUCCUUACAAUCCCAAAAUCCCAUCAUCCAAGGAUGAUGAGGAUGAUGAUGGUGAUGAUCACAGGCCAGCAGGAUACAAGUUCAUGUUCAGCUGUGGGAUUUCAGAGAUCAGAAGGAAAAGUGUUCAUUGGGCAGGUGAAUGUAAGGCAGAAAAAUAUGAUGAUAAUAAUAAAUGCAGCAAGUUUGAUGAUGAUUGUGAGGAUGACGAGGAUGAUGAUUAUCACAGUGAUUCAAGCUCUGAUCUGUUUGAUUUGCCAAUCAGUGAGGUGCUGGGUUAUUAUACCAGUACUGGUUUGCCUGCUGUUUAUAAGACUGCUCAAGUAGAUUACAUCAAGAGAGGUGCACCCAUUUCUGCUACUACUGUGAUUUGAGUUUGGUCAAUUAAGAUCUACUAGCUCUGCUAUUGAUGUAAGGAAAAGUGGUGAAAUGAUUUUGUUUAUUGUUUCAUACGGAGUAUUUAAUAAGCUAAGUUCAUAUACAUACACAAUUGUCACAAAAAAUACUACAAGUAGAAGCCUCU